CCCAGCUGAUGAAACGCACCAUGUAUUGUUACCUUGUGGCCGCCAUUGCAGGACUGGUGACAGGAACUACGUUCAUAUCAUCCGUGGAAGAAGGUAUCCUCAAGGCUGUCCCUUCGGUCACGUCUCAGCUGCUGAAAGACCCCACCCCCCUCCUUGACAUCGCCCCCGCCAGUGACAUCGUGACCUUCUUCUCAGGACCCUGCGUCUACGGCUACAAGCCGUCCCCGCCAUGGUGGGUCUUCGACCUUGGGGAGGAAAUGAAGGUCAUGAGCAUCAGCGUCAAGAACACCGGGAGCUGCUGCGAUCCUUGGCUUGGCAACUUCACUGUGGAGGUUGGGAACCGGCUGUCAGCCGACAACGAGAUGUACGGAAGCGAGGUCUGUGUGAAGCAGAGCGGCAAGGUGCCCCCUAACGUUACAGUCUCACAUCCGUGCGUCACGCCUGUCCGGGGCCAAUAUGUCAAGCUGACCUCCAAGUGCGUAGACCUCUUCGGGAGCGUCCUGUCCUGUGACCUUCACGUCCACGCCGUGCCCUCGCUGACCCCUGGGCGCAAGUCUGCGGUGUUUACACAGUACCAGAAGUCCGCACCAGAAGGAGGCUAUGACCUUGGCUGUGCCCGCCAGUGUAUGGGUGAAGAUACGUGUGUCAGGUUCAGCGUGAGCAGCUCAGGGCAAUGUGUGCUGUAUGACCGCCAGCAGAACGCAGCCGAUGAAGGCUACUCCUUGUCUCACAUCAGCCUGUGACACGAUCAUAUCGGUCUGAGACGUUGAUCAUAUCUGUUUGAGACAUGGAUCAUAUCGGUCUGAAACGUGGAUCAUAUCGGUCUGAAACGUUGAUCAUAUCGGUUUGAGACAUGGAUCAUAUCGGUCUGAAACGUGUAUCAUAUCGGUCUGAGACGUUGAUCAUAUCGGUUUGAAACGUGGAUCAUAUCGGUUUGAAACGUGGAUCGUAUCGACCUUAGACGUUGAUCAUAUCGGUUUGAGACACUGAUCGUAUAGAUCUCAUAUACUGAACAACAAAAG